UCUCCCUCGAAGAUCAAGAUAAUUGAGGCAAGGGCAGCCAUCCGCUACUUCCAUACCUUCCCGCCGAGCAAAAGCUUCCGCAGAGCUCCAACAAUGGGAUUUCAUUCCUCAUUCAGCGCCACAUCUUUGCAAACCCUUAAGCUCGCCGCCGUUCCGACGACUUCCCAUCUUAUUUUCAGGCUACCUACCAAAAUCGCUUCUCUCAAUUCUCUUCAUCCUUGUUUCCGUAACCGGAAACCUCCAUGUUCAUUGCUUGUUCGAGCUCUCUCAUUUUCGGCAGUCCAAGUCGAUCCUCCCACUGCAACUGCCGGAGAAGAAAUAGUUGGGAAGCCUCAAUGGAAAGCUUCGAUAGAUUUCAAGUGGAUUAGGGAUAACAAGGAUUUGGUGGCUGCAAAUAUAGAGAAUCGGAAGUCUGGUGCCAAUUUGGAACUUGUACUCCAGCUGUAUGACAAAAUGCUAAAUCUUCAGAAGGAAGUUGAGCGGCUUCGUGCUGAAAGGAACAUGGUUGCAAACAAGAUGAAAGGGAAGCUGGAACCAUCUGAGCGACAAAAACUCAUAGAGGAAGGAAAGAAUUUGAAGGAAGGAUUGGUUUCUUUGGAAGAAAACCUUCUUAAACUAACAGAUCAGCUUCAACAAGAAGCACAAUGCAUUCCAAACAUCACCCAUCCUGAUGUUCCAAUCGGAGGGGAGGACUGUUCGAUAAUAAGAAAGACGGUCGGUAGCCCAAGAGAGUUCGGUUUUUCUGUUAAAGAUCAUCUUGAACUUGGGAAGCAGCUAAACCUUUUUGAUUUUGAUGCUGCUGCUGAGGUCAGUGGAUCUAAGUUCUAUUACCUGAAAAAUGCUGCAGUAACCUUGGAAAUGGGUCUAAUCAGCUGGACACUCUCAGAAGUAAUGAAAAGGGGCUUUACUCCUGUGAUAACCCCAGAAAUUGUGAGGUCCUCAGUUGUUGAAAAGUGUGGAUUUCAACCUCGUGGUGAAAAUACUCAGGUUUAUUCUAUUGAGGGAAGUGACCAGUGCCUCAUCGGUACUGCAGAGAUUCCUGUAGGGGGAAUUCACAUGGAUUCUAUCCUUGCUGAGUCUUCACUACCUUUGAAGUAUGUUGCUUAUUCUCAUUGCUUUCGUACCGAGGCAGGUGCUGCUGGAGCCGCAACCAGGGGCCUGUAUCGAGUCCACCAGUUCAGCAAGGUAGAAAUGUUUAUAUUAUGUCGACCUGAAGAUAGCGAGUCCUACCUCGAAGAACUCAUUAGUAUUGAAGAGGACCUUUUCACAUCACUGGGAUUGCAUUUCAAGACCUUGGAUAUGGCUUCUGGAGAUUUAGGUGCACCUGCUUAUCGAAAAUUUGACGUGGAGGCAUGGAUGCCAGGUUUAGGACGGUAUGGUGAGAUAUCAAGUGCAUCAAAUUGUACCGACUACCAAAGCCGCAGAUUAGGAAUCCGAUAUCGUCCACAAGAACCGAUACCAACAACAUCAAAGAAGAAGAGUAAAGGCAAUCUGGCGCCCACACAGUUCAUUCACACAUUGAAUGCAACAGCUUGUGCAGUGCCAAGAAUGAUUGUUUGCUUGCUUGAGAAUUAUCAGCAGGAGGAUGGCUCUGUGAUUAUUCCUGAGCCAUUGAGGCCUUUCAUGGGCGGACUAGAGAUUAUUGCUCCCACAUCCACAUAGCGUCCUGAGUUUCCAAAAGUUUCAAUUUUUGCAGCACACAGCCUAUUUAUGGUGAAAGAGUGAGGAAUUGAAAGAAAUUCAUGCUGGCCACGGAUCAUCCAAUAAAUCUCUCAUCUUAGUUCUCCCAUUUCUGGUACUUAGCUGAUUGGUUUCCACAUUAAAUAUUGAGAUAUGUGUAACUUAAAAUGUUUUUAAGUUAUUGCAGCUGAUUACUACAUCAUAUUUGACCAUUUGGUUGGUUUUUAAGC